UAAUUCGUCUGUGUGAGGGUUCGCGUGUGCGCGCGUGGGGUGACACGCUCCUGAGAGGUCACCGUGUCCCUGACUGUAGGAGCUCCGGUUCGGUGUGGGGGUCUUCAUGUGUGCUGUGUGCGGUGUGUGUGUGCGCAUGUGGGGGUCUAGCGUUUUGACCGUUUGACUCAGAAGUGGAGCUGUGGGUUUGUGUGUCUCAGAAUGGAGAGAGAUACUCAGGAUUUGGGGGAUGUAAAUGAGCACCAUGAAGAGAGAUUUCAACUUGGUGAAGUGGAAUUGGCUCGCCUGCAGCUAACCCAAAAGGAACACGAGGAGGGAGAGACGCUGUCACGGUUGAGUCAGCGGCCUCUGCUGUCUGCUGCAUUCGCUAUGGAAGAGUCUGAGUUCCCUUCUAGUGUCUCUCUCCAAGAUAUGCCCCUCUUCCCCAAGUGGCAGCUUCCUCUCAAGCUCAUGGCUGUUCUGAUGCUUGUGGCGUUUGUCUAUACGUUUCUCCGUGAUGUGCUUCAGCCGUAUAUAUAUCACAAUAAAAGUGACUUUUAUAAGAUACCCAUCUUAGUGCUAAAUAAAGUGCUGCCCUGGACCUCUAUCACUCUGCUGGCCCUCGUCUAUUUGCCUGGAGUACUGGCCUCACUGCUGCAGCUGCACAGAGGCACUAAGUACAGUCGUUUUCCUGUCUGUCUGGAAAACUGGAUGAGUGUAAGGAAACAGUUGGGUCUGCUGGCAUUCCUGUUGGCCUGUCUGCAUGCCAUUUACAGCCUGAGCUACCCAAUGAGACGCUCGUACAGGUACAAGCUUCUCAACUGGGCCUAUCAGCAGGUACAGCAGAAGAAGGAGGAUGCCUGGAUAGAGGAUGAUGUCUGGAGGAUGGAAAUUUACAUCUCUCUAGGAAUUCUAGGAUUGGGCGUUCUGGCCUUGUUGGCCAUCUCCUCACUCCCUUCAAUUAGCGACACCCUAAACUGGAGAGAGUUCCAGUUUGUCCAGAGAACUCUGGGAUACACAGCCCUGUUCCUGUGCACAGCCCAUGCUCUGGUGUAUGGCUGGAGAAAGUGGGUGGAGCAAAAGCAGUAUGUGUGUUACACUCCUCCAUCCUUCAUCCUGGCCACCUUUCUCCCAGCGAUGGUGUUACUGAUGAAGACUGUGCUGGCUAUGCCCUGUUUAAACAGAAGAUUAGAUCACAUUCGGCAUGGCUGGGAAAGACCAGGCUGCAAAGGACUGUCAGACAAAGAUUCACUCUGACUUUAUAAGACAUUUACUAUAAUUAUCUAUGGUAAAAUUUAAGAGUGUAUUAAGAUGUGUACAUAUUGUUGAGCAUUGUUAAAAAUAUGUACUUUAUUUUGUAUAUUAAAUAUUUUUACUUGCUUGUACCAGUCUGUUCAAAUGCUGCUAUGAUUGUAUGCUCUUAUCUUUCGGAUAUCUCAUAUUGCUAUGCAAUAGUUCAUAAUCUGCUAUUUUUAUGACUGACCAGUGAACAUUUUGUCUCCGUCAUGAUUACUACCUUCAGAUGUUUUGGCAGAAAUGGCAAGCCUGCCUUUUGUAA